UUGAGCAUGCGCAUUAGUAUUAUAGUACUUCAGCAUCAACCAUCAGUAUAAAGUAGGAUUGUAUAAUUGUUUGGACUUCACGUGUUUGCUGACUUGGCUCAAGAUAUAGAGACUAGAUCUUAGACACAUAAAACGGCACUGACUGAGACUAUUUAACAUUAGUUUUGUAGUCAUCUUUAUAACUCUAAAGAAAUGUCCUUUCUGCUCGAUGUUUUAAAGAAGUGGCUCAACUUGUUUGCAAGUGCUGUUGUAAUCCUUAUCCAAAGAUGCCUCGGUUGUUACGAUUCUGAACUGGAAGCGUUUAAGAAAAGUCUAAACGUUGAAGUAGAUUUUGAAGGCUCAGAAGAAACGUGUACGACGAAUCCAGGUCAUAAAAACUUCAUUCCUAUUACAGAACUGAAGGCAUCACAUUUUCCUGUCAAGUACCGAAAUCAAGACUUACUAAAAACAGUCAAAAGUUUAGGUGAUUUAACAGUCAAAAUCAGUGUUUCGGUUUUAGGAAGAGUCAAAACCGGAACUGGUAAAAUUUUUUGUGUCACGAAAAAUACAUCCAAUUGUAAGAACUCAAGAAACCCCAGACAAACUUGGUGGGAGAUAGAGGUCCUGACAUCGACACAUGUAGUGAAAACUGAUGACGAGGCUAGAAACUCCAAGUGUAGGCUUUUUUACGACACUGAAAACAGCUCUUUGGUCAGCGUUGAAGGUUUGACAGUCAUACAGUCACUAAAUAGUGACAACUGUAGUCUCAUUUGUGUUACUUGUGAUGAAGAAUUAGCCAACCGGCUUAAUCAAUUGGUCAAUAACUUCAUUGUUCUCUAUGAAAGAACGUUUGAUAGAUUUUGGAAUCCCAAAAAAAAACAUAAACCAGUCAUCAUAGUAUCUCAUCCUCAUGGUGCCUCCAAGAAAGUGUCUAUUGGUAAGUCUGGUAAAACAAUAAAAGUCUCUAAUAAUUAUAGUGCUUUAACGUACACAAUAGACACAUGUCCAGGAAGUACCGGGGCAUAUGUAUACACCUUGUAGGAUGUUAUAUCCCCUAGAAUCCUAAAUUGUUGAAUAGGAAUCUUGAUAGUUUACAAAGGUGGCUUUAUUUCGAUUGCAAAAUCCAUCCAAGCAUUAAUCAUAAUAAUUUAUUAGUGAUGAAAUGGUUGUAUUAUUGGUGUUAUAAAAUUUAGUUAAAACUCCUAUGUUUUAUUUUCCCUCUAUGCUUUUUGUUAAUGCUUAUCUACUUUUGUAAUUCCUUCAUGUAGCAUAUGCUACUUUACUAAUUUGUAAUCAGCUGUUGAAACACUGCGCUUGCCAUUAAUAACAUCGACAUCUGAACUUCAUUUGUUUAAUGAAAAUUUUUAAGAAUCGUUCUGUUAUGCUCAUUUUGUGAGUGUGCUUGUGCAUUUUAUUAAUUUUGCCACAAUAUUGUUGUUUGCAAUAUUUGUGUACAAUUGUAUGUAAAUAUAUAAAUGAUUGCUAGAGUCUAUGUAUUUUCUUUAAUGUAAUAUUGCUUUCACUAUCCUACAUAGUAAGAAUGUUUGUAAAGAAACAGAA